AUGAACUCUUGUUCUUUAUAUCACUGUGCUCUGCACACCCUGAGUCUGGCAGUGCUUGUUGCUGGCAAUGUCCACCCAGAAUGUGAUUUAAUGGUAGAGCUGAAGAAAAAGGAGGCUGAAUGUCUGGAGGCCCCACAAGAGCAUGGAAAUGCAACAUCACCAGGUUGCAAGAGAACUUGGGACAAAUUGCUGUGCUGGCCAGAGGCAAAUGCUGGAGAGAUUCUUGUCUUACCAUGUCCAAACAUCCUCUUUCACUUCAUGAAGGAGCCAGCUGGGAUGAUAAAAAGAAACUGCACAAAAAAGGGCUGGUCUGACCCAUUCCCUCCCUACCAUGUGGCAUGUCCAGUAGAAGAUGAGAUUCCUCUUGAAGAACAAUCCUACUUUUAUACUAUAAAGAUCAUCUACACUGUGGGAUACAGCGUGUCCAUCACCUCCCUCAUCAUUGCUGUGACAGUUCUGAUUGCAUUCAGGAGGCUUCGCUGUCCCAGGAAUUAUAUCCAUGUACAGCUCUUUUUUACAUUCAUCUUAAAGGCUAUUGCCAUUUUCAUUAAGGAUGCUGUCCUUUUCCAGGAGGAAGGCAUUGAUCACUGCAGCUUCUCCACAACUGAAUGCAAGAUCUCCGUGGUUUUCUGCCACUACUUCAUGAUGACCAAUUUCAUGUGGCUGCUGGUGGAGGCUCUCUACCUAAACUGCCUGCUGCUCUCAUCCCUGUCUCAUGGAAGAAGAUAUUUUUGGUGGCUGGUUCUCUUUGGCUGGGGUUUUCCAGCACUUUUCACCCUUAUAUGGAUAUUGAUAAAAUUCUACUUUGAAGACACAGCAUGCUGGGAUAUUAAUCAAGGCUCUCCUUAUUGGUGGCUAAUCAAAGGACCAAUUAUAAUUUCUGUGGGGGUCAAUUUUAUCCUAUUUAUCAACAUCAUCAGAAUUUUGCUGAAAAAACUAGACCCUAGACAAAUCAACUUCAAUAAUUCUUCUCAGUACAGACGUCUCUCAAGGUCGACUCUGCUUCUAAUUCCUUUAUUUGGAACCCAUUACAUUGUCUUCAACUUCCUCCCAGAAUAUACCAGCCUGGGAGUUCGGCUUUAUUUGGAGCUCUGCAUUGGAUCUUUUCAGGGGUUUAUUGUGGCAGUUCUCUAUUGUUUCCUGAACCAAGAGGUGCAAACGGAGAUCGGCCGGAGGUGGCACGGGAAGACGUACGGGCUGGUGCCAGUGUGGAGGAGGACAAGGUGGACGGUGCCCUCCAGCUCUGGGGUGAAAAUGACCACAUCUGUGUGCUGAAAAUGCCCUCAGGCUCUGGAGGGGAAAAAACCCAACCAAACAAACUUUUACCAAAUGUAUUUAUUACAGUUUAUCCUGAGCAAAUUGGUGAGGGAUACUUCAAUUCUGACCAUGGGGUUUUUUUCUUAAGAGAAGCAUUGCAGGGAGAGAUUAAACCCUGACUGAUCUUCUAAAGCAAAAUAACCCUCUCAGUGAUAACUCUGCAGCACAGCAAAUAUAAAAAUCACUUAUUCUGGUUAAUUUCUACACUUACACUGAUAGAGCACAAAGUUUUUAUGAAUGCCACCAGCAGCACCCUCCAGUGACACCAUAGAUGACCACCUCUGGAAAACAGAAUUCAAUUCUAAUUUACUGGGAGCUGGAGUCUACCCAGCUUCUUCAAGCUUUGUUCCAUGGUUUGAUUUCACAGACAUAUAAAUAAGAAGCCCAAAGUCUUGCUGAACUGCAUCACAAAAAGCCCUUUCAUGUUGUCUUUUUACAUUGUCUCUUUAGUAGCAAAAAGAUUCAAUUUCACCAGAAAACACUCUCAGGUUCUGAUGUUAUUUCAGAACAGAGUUACAGGUUAGAAAAUUUCUGGCAGCCAAGUAGCGGGAAAAGGAGGCAUUGAGAAGGCCAAGGCUCCAUACAAAAAUCAUUAAGGAAAUUCUUUGCAAGGAAAUGAAAAGAAAAAGCCAACUUUUACACAGAAAGAGAAUGAGACCCCCAGGAGAUGGACUGGGAGACUGCUGGGAAUAUUGCUAAAUAUUUUCUUACGUGUGACUGUUUUUGCUCUUCAGUGUUGUAAAAUAUUCAGAAGCUUGAAAAUAAACUUGGAUUCACAGUGUUUGUA